CAGACGUUAAAGGACCUGAGUCUCCUCAGGAAGCACAGCUGAGGAGUUAUUUUUCCAGUCCAGUAUAUCUGACAGAACACAUAGAGAACACAUGUGACAUGAAACAUGUGACUUUAUAACUAUGAUGUGCUACUGACAUUGUGCAAGUGGACAUCCUAUCGUACUUUGGGUCAUUGCACCACUAACUGGGCUGCUUUCAAGCUGAGCAAUGAGUAAGAGGUUUAAAGAGAGCAACUUGGAAGGCCACAGCGGGCUUCAUUUCAACACAGCAGCCACCGCUGAGCCAGACGUCCCUCCUGCUCUGAAGGAAAGCAACAAGCUCUCUGCUACUUCAAUGGGGGAAAACAGUAUUCCAAGCUUUAAGGCCGCCGACCUCGUCGUCCGGCCGUCCUCGAGGCCGAAGGCCAAACAGCCCACGUUUAGCUUCGGAACGGCCUUCACUGACCACAUGCUGAGCAUAGAGUGGACUUUGAGCGAGGGCUGGCAGACGCCACUCAUCAGGCCACUCGGGAGCCUGUCGCUCCACCCGGCCUGCUCAGCCUUGCACUAUGGCAUACAGUUGUUUGAGGGAUUGAAGGCGUACCGCGGGGACGACAACCGCGUGCGCAUCUUCAGGCCGAUGCUCAACAUGAGCCGCAUGGCCCGGUCUGCACGGAGAGCCUGUCUGCCUGCGUUUGACCAAUCAGAGCUGCUGGAGUGUAUCAGACGGCUGGUAGAGCUCGACCAGGACUGGGUUCCUCACACGGCCUCCCACAGUCUGUACAUUAGGCCGACAUUCAUUAGCACAGAGUCCUCCCUGGGGAUAAAGAAGCCCACCUGCGCCUUGCUGUAUGUGAUCAUGUGUCAAGCGGGCUCCUACUUCAACGACGAGGCGGAGCCGGUGUCACUGUGGGCGGAUCCAAAGUACACGCGGGCCUGGAAGGGAGGAACUGGAGACUGCAAGAUGGGAGGGAAUUAUGGAGGCGCUCUGUUGGCUCAGCAUGAAGCCAUGGACUACGGGUGUCAGCAGGUGCUGUGGCUGCACGGAGGGGACCACCAGAUCACCGAGGCCGGAAGCAUGAAUAUCUUCUUACACUGGAUCAAUGAGGAUGGGGAGGAAGAGCUUGCGACUCCACCACUGGAUGGCAUCAUCCUCCCAGGCAUUACCCGACAGAGCAUCCUGGAAUUAACCAGUAAAUGGGGGGGGUUUAAGGCGACAGAGCGCUACCUGACCAUGGGUCAGCUGUGCACCGCUCUCAAGCAGCAGCGGGUCAAAGAGAUGUUCGGCUCUGGCACCGCCUGCAUGAUCUGCCCAAUAGGACGUGUUUUCUAUCAGGGGGAGACCCUGCGCAUCCCCUCCUCCCGUCAGGAGAUCAGCUCACGGCUGACUUCACGGAUAGCGAAGGCGCUCACAGACAUACAGUCGGGACAUGGGCUUCAAUGUGAUCCUCCUUUUCCGACCGAGACCCUCACGCGCGUGAAAACUCCUUCCGACCCACGGAAACGAAAACCUGUCACCGUUGAUCAGCGGCAAAGGUGGAAUCCGACCUCUGCAUCAUCACGCAGUCACGCUCGGACGCGCGCGCAGCGACUGGACUUUCCUGGUGUAGCGCCGAUGGGGGAAACAUCACUAAGGACACAUCAUUAAGCUAAAGCGAGGGCUGUAAUAAGCCGGAUCCUUUGUGGAACUGCGACCAUUUGAAAAAGUUGUAGCCUCAAAGUCUGUCACCACCUUCUGUAAACUGAAAUUAAUGACAAACACACAACUGUCCGAUAUAAUUAUCAAACGCCGGCUAAUGUCUCACGCAACACCGCACAACAACUUACAGUAUUUCAGCCAACACAGUUUCUCCUUCUCUGCCGCUUUUCAUCUUUUUUUCUAACUACUGUAACAUUCAGGAUACAGCAUGAAAACAGUGACACAUUAGUGAGAGUUACAAAGAAUUUCACAUCACUUGUGUAGGAGUUACAAAGCAGCUACAGUAUAAGGAGACUCAUAAGGCGGCGUGGUGUAAAAGAUUAAUAUAUAGGGCAGGGAUUUUAAGCCCUAUGUUAUUCUGCACAGCUCUGACCUUUGAAGAUGAUGUUAAAGACAAAACAAGUUAUAUAUAUAUAUAUAUAUAUACAGAUAUACAGUUAUUUGUUAUAGAUGAAUACUGCCAUUUGAUGCUUGACUCUUGCUGUGAUUGUUGGAGGAGAAUGUGUCAAGUGUUUCAGAAACAACAAUAAAUAUUCAUGAGAUAAAAACGUAUGCAUUUUUUAAAAAUAGCAAACAAACCAGUUACUGCACUGGACAGGAUGAGAAAACAACCAGUAAUCCAUUGAGGAAUCGGAGCCAGACUCUGUUGAGACACAGCCGCAAUCCUUGAUGGUGUGGUGUUUUCCUGCCAUCUUUCACACACGCACGCACACACACACACACACA